AUGAUGAGGAUUGUGACCAGACCAGCCGACACAACAAUGCCCACGAUCGCCGCCAACUCCACCGAGAGGUGCGCGCAGCGGGUGAAGCAGAUCUGGAAGCAGGCCGAUUGCGUCUGUUUUGACGUUGACUCGACGGUUUGCCGGGAUGAAGCUAUCGACGAGCUGGCCCGGUACCUUGGAGUCGGCGACGCCGUCGCACAAGUUACCCGGCAAGCAAUGAACGGGAAUGCCCGAUUUAGGGAUGCGUUGAGUGCGCGACUGGAUGUGAUGCGGCCGUCCAGAGAUCAGGUUGAGGGAUUCAAGAAGGAGAACCCACCAAAAAUGACACCGGGUAUCGUCGAACUAGUCAAGGCGCUUCACGCGCGCUCAGUCAGCGUGUAUCUUGUUUCGGGUGGCUUUCGAAGCCUGAUCGAGCCGGUUGCAGCUAUUCUCGGCAUUCCAAAGAUAAACAUUUACGCCAAUCAACUAUUAUACAACGCUGACGGCAGUUAUGCCGGGUUUGAUGAGAACGAGCUGACUUCCGAUUCGGGAAGUAAAGAGGUUGGGAAGCCCGGUGUCUGCGGUCUUUUGAAAAGCCAACAUGGCUACCGCAAUCUUGUGAUGAUCGGCGAUGGUGCGACGGAUUUGGAAGCCGCCCCACCAGCCAAUGCUUUUAUCGGGUUCGGCGGGAAUCAGGUCCGCGAAAGUGUUCGUUCCCAAGCUGAUUGGUUCGUGAAUGACUUUGAUGUGUUGCGGAAGGAGCUCGAUGCCCAA